UAGUUGGCACGCUGCAGGCUCACACGGUUUCCUGCAGCAAACAAUUCCCUACAAUGGAACGACAGCUGAAUUCCCGUUUAUCUGAAGAUCAGAGUAAACUUCUGGGAGUUCAGUCUCAGGAUGGCAGGCAGGCAGAGGCCUUCACAAAGGCUUUUCUGAAGAAUAGUCUGCCGAGCCUCAGCCAGGAGUCCAUUAGGCAGUUCAUGGACCGUAAGGCUGUUGUUCUGGAGUUUGCCAAGAAGAAGAAGGAGAAACAGAAAAGGAAGAGAGCGAAGGGCCUCAAUGCCAAACAAAGAAGAGAGAUGAAGGUCUUCCAGCUGAAAGAAGAACAUCAGAAGUAUGAGCUUUUCUUGCCAUUGCAUGAGCUGUGGAAGCAGUACAUAAGGGACCUGUGCAAUGGGCUGAAGUCUGGAAGCAAUCCACAGAUAAUUCAGCAGAAACUUCUGAAAGCUGAUUUUCAUGGUGCUAUUAUCACAGUAGUGAGAUCCAAAUGUCCAUCAUAUGUUGGCACAACAGGAAUUCUUGUUCAAGAGAUGAAACAUGUUUUCAAAAUUAUCACCAAAGAGAACAAACUGAAAGUAAUCCCUAAGCGAAACAGUGUGUUUGGUGUGGAAAUCGAUGGAUUCGUCACCCAUAUUUAUGGAAGCAAGUUUCAGCUAAGAUCUAGUGAACGCUCAGCGAAGAAAUUUAAAGUGAAGGGAACCAUAGACCUCUAAGUGAGAACCAUGGAACACAGCAAAUGGAACUAUACAACAGUAAUCAAGACAAAGAUACUCCUCUGAAGAGAUAUCCACAGCGCAGAUUGGACAGAGAAUACAGUGUCAACUGUUUGAACCUACUAUAAUGGAAUUAAUGUAUCUUGUUUAUCCACCUAUUUAAUUUUUAAUGAAUGUAGAAAAUGUAUAUAUGACCUUAGUUUUUAUUUUUAUUUGAAUAUUUCAUUGGAUUAUGAAAUUUUGGCCAUGCGUAAAUUGAUAUAUGUAUAUACAGGCAGUUCUCAUUUCCUUUAAUAUUGCUUUAAUUUUGUGAAAGAGACCCCUGCAAUAACAGUGAUGUCCACAA